AUGAGUUUAAAUUUUAGCGAUGACGAUGAUGUAAUAAGAGAAGAAGUUGAUGAUACAGAAAAGAGCGAUAAAGAUAAUUCGAACUUUGAUUUUAUGAACCAUGAUAAGAAAGAAAAAGGAAAGGAUUAUGGAAUAGAAAAAAAAAGACCUUUUCAAAAUGAUGAUAAUAAUCCCUUUUCAAAUAUGAAAUCAUCAAGAGAAUUUUUUGAGAAUUUACAAGGAGAGGAUAUAAAUAAUGAGGAUACAUAUAUUGGACCUGAUGAAGGAACGGAAGCUGAAUUAGAAGGAAAAAAAAAGAAAAAAAAAAGUGUAAUAUUUCAAUUGAAGAAUUUAUUUAAUGAUGUCUCUUUGAAUAAACUUAAUGCAUAUAUAAGAAAAAAGAGAAGAAAAAGUGAAGAAGAAAUGAAUAGUAAUGAUAAUUUUUCAAGAUCAAGUUAUGAAAAAGAAGGAGAGAAAGAAAAGAACCCCAAAAAAAAAAAAAAAAAUGACCAUGUUGAUAAUUAUAAGGAUGACAAUUAUAAGGACAAUAUUUAUGAUGAUAAAAUAUUUGACAAUUCAGAUGAUAAUCUUUAUAAUGAUGACAUUUUAAAUAAUCCAUCUGAUGAAGAAGAAGAUGAAUUACAAAGAUAUGUAAGGGAAGAGAAGAACAAAAUGAAACAGAUUAUGCCAGAAAAAGACGAUUUGUGGGAAUUAUAUAUUUAUAUGAAUUUGAAAAAAAAGAAAAGAAAAAUUGAAUAUAAUGAAAAACAAUAUAGUAGUGCUAUGAAUAAAGUAUUUAAUAAUUUAGAAAAUGAAUAUAAAAAUAUAAUUAAAGAAAAAUUAUUUAAUAAAAUAAUAUUUAAAGAAUAUUUGGUAAUAAAAGAUGAUGUCGAAUAUUUUAAAAAUAAUCAUAUUAUGAAUAUCGAGAAAAAUAUAACAAUUCCAAUAAUAAAAAAGAAAAAUUUAUUAAGUGAAAUGAAAAAAAAAUUAAUACUUUUAUAUAAUAAAGGUAUAUGUUGUAAUUAUAUAAAAGAAAUUUCUAUAAAUUCUGUAGGAAAAAUAGAUGAACAAAGAAAUAGUUAUGAGAAUCUGGAUGGUUCAUCUUUAAGAGUGAAUGAAAAUAUGGAUAAUUAUAUAAAUAAAAUACAAGAUAAUAAUUAUUUAAUAAUAGAAAAAGAAAGUUUAAAUAUAGGUUUAAAUAAAUUAUUUGAUAAAUAUUGUAUUAUAGUUCAUAAAAUAAAAGCUCAUCGACGUAAAGAUUUAAGAAGGAAUUUUAAUUCAUUUAUGGAAUUAAUUAAUGAGGUUUUUACAAAAUUAUAUUUUUCUAUACAUAAUAUAUUUUUAACAGAUGAAGAUAUGAAUAUUAAUUUGACAGAUAUAUAUAAAACAAUUAGAAGGAAAUAUAAUAUGCAUGAUGUAUUAGAUAAGUUACAAAAAUUAACACAUAAAAAAGAAUGUUAUGAACAUUAUCGUUCAUAUUUAUUAUAUAAAUAUAAAACAACAUAUUCGGUGUGUGAUGAAGUAUUUAAAAAUCAUAUAAUGAAUGAUAAUAUUAAUAUAUUUAAUUUUAAAAAAUUUUAUAAUACUGAUUUCUCAAAAGAUAAUUUUACUAUAAUCAAACAAGAACAAAAAAUCACAACGAAUGAUAAUGAAUUACAUAAUUUUAUAUAUGAUCAAAAUGAUAAUGAAGAAGAUAGAAAUAUAUUUACAAAUGAUAUAUAUAAUGAAGAUUUCUUUACUAUAAAUAUUAAUCAUAUGGAAAACAAAAACAAUCAACCACCUCAAAAUGAUACAGUAACAAGUUCUCAAAAGAUUUAUAAUGAGAAACAAAAGGAUAAUAUAAUACCCAUAUCAAAAGAAAACCCCACAUACAAUAAUAACAACAAUAAUAACAACAACAAUAAUAAUAAUAACAAUAAUAAUAGUAAUAUUUAUAAUGUUGUUGAAGAAACACCAUUAGAGAAGGCUAAAAGAAUUGCAAGAGAAAAGAAAAAGCAACUUAUGAAUAAUAAAGUUAAAAUAAUAUGA